CCAAAAAUAGGGUAAAAGUUAGAUAGAGAGAGAGAGACAACUGAGAAAGGGAGAGAGAGACGCUCUGAAUACAUGAGAAAAAGAAGACGACGAAGAGGAAGAAGAUAACACUGAAAAGUGGCGAUUCUGAUUUUUGGAGGGAGAAAAUUCUAACAAAACCCACCCUCGAUUCUUUCAUUUUCGAGAAAUUAAGCGAAAAAGCUCUCAUCUUUCCCACUUUCGUUGCUCUGCAAACACAGUUUCUCUCUCGCGAUUUUGGUGAAUUUGAAUCAUUUGAUGUUCUAUUUUGCUUAGAUCUUGAGCUUUGUUUGCAGAGAGAGAAGAGAUAUGGAUAAGUUACAGUGGGGAAACCGAAAGCGUUUGCGAUGUGUGAAGGUCAAAGACUCAGUUUUGACAGAGAAAUCAGACGGCGGUGGUGUUAUUAUGAGGAAGAAAAUCACUUCUCGUGUUGAUCGACAUGUGGUUGCCACUUCAGAUAUUAAGGAAGCCCUUCCUCGUCCUCUGCAAUCCCCCAAUCGUCUCUGCAGGGAUUUGGGGAUGAAUAGGUCAAUUGUAAAUGAGAAUCGGAAGGCCUCAACAUCGUCUUCGCCGGAGAAGGAAGAUCGGUAUUACACGACGAGGGGGUCAGUGGGAUUGGAUGACAAUGGGAAGCUGUUUAUGGAGGCAAGAGAUGAAAAUAGAGGGAUUGUUUGGCCUAAACUAUACAUCUCUUUGUCAAGUAAAGAAAAGGAGGAAGAUUUCAUGGCGAUGAAAGGGUGUAAGUUACCACAGAGGCCUAAGAAAAGGGCCAAAUUGAUCCAAAGAAGCUUACUUUUGGUGAGUCCAGGGGCAUGGCUAUCUGAUCUAUGCCAAGAGAGGUAUGAAGUGAGGGAGAAGAAGGCUUCUAAGAAGAGACCUAGGGGAUUGAAAGCCAUGGGAAGCAUCGAAAGUGAUUCAGAAUGAGUCAUGGAAAGAGAGAGGCGGAGGCAACAGGAAGAUUUGAAUUUUUUUGGUAGUUGGAUAAUGUUUUUUUUUUUUGGGUAGUUGAAAAAAAAAAAAGAAAAAAAAAAGUGUAGUGGGUGUGUUUUUGUUGGACUUUUGAAAAAAAUUGUUGUUAUCCUGUUCUAAUCUAAUCUUUUUGGGGGAAAACCCAAGUUUCUUC